AUGGCAGCAGUCGAGCACAACCCAGCAGCUCAGGAGCGCAUCCCGCACACCCGGUCCACCCGGCUAGCUGAUCAAGCUGCGACGGCCGCGCUCUAUGUUACCCAUCCGGAGCGGAGCAUUUCGAUGCGUGAACCGACGAAGCCUGAGCCUACUUCGUCGUCGCGCCCUGGGUUAAGCAAUGCAUCGGCUGCAGCCGCGCUGAUAGCGCAUCGGAAGUGGGAUCUCGGAGGCAAGGAGCCUGCAACGCAUGUCGCCGAUCGGCAAAAAACCGCAUCGCCAAGCUAUGGGGGAUAUCCGUACCAAGCUGCAAUGUAUGCUGUUCGAGAAGGACAAAUUACGGCGGCGACUCAUGAUACGAGACGGAGGGCUGAUUCCGCGCCGUCUGAGGCUGCGCGCGCCAGUGCAGCUGCGAGAAUCGAUAAUCCGAGCGAUCCGUUUGACGAUUUAGACAAGUAUAUGAAUGCAAGCCGGAUACAGAACGCCCAUAUGAACCGGAAGAUGUUCACCGCUACGCCGCCUGUUGCUCCUGAGCUGGACGACCACCGGAGGAGAAGUAUAUUGGAGGCGGCUUCCAUGUCAAUGGCCAAGGACAUGUAUGCGACCAGCCAGUCAAAGGAAGCGGGGUCGAGCGGUACUCAGAGGCUGCCUACGCGCGCUCGUUCCCAGCGGUCACCAUCAAAGCAGGAUGCUGCGACUUUGCAGCAGGCAAGUACGAUGAUGCUGCAUCAGGCUCUCAACCUGCAGGAUGUCGCCGAGAAGCGGGCGGCAGAGAAGCUGGCUCUAUUGGAAGAUGAGACGGCUGGCUACCGGAAUUACUACGGAAUAGAGCGGCAACCCACGCGAUCCAGCUUUGUUCUUCGCCGACGCAGAGGCUCCAACGAGACGGAGCAAAUUGAUGCCGAACGUUCCAAGGAAAUCCGCACCCAAAUGACCGCUCUUCGAUCGAAGCUUGAUGCGGUAGAUGAGAAAAGGGAGAAGGACCGAGCUAGUCUGCUUGAGCUGGCAAGAAAGAACGUCGACGCCACUAUGCAGGACAUCGAGAAGCGCAUGUACACCGAGGGCGGUCGCACCGUCGCGAUGCAGAAAUACUUGGACGAGAAAGCACAAGAGCGCGCGCAGAAGGGCUUACGAGAAAUGGAUACACAGUACCUAGCCGAAGGCCGAGUCAACAUCAGUGCCCAGAAGUACGUGGAGAUGGCCGAUGUAGAGGACCUGGCCCGCCAUCGACUUCAGCCUACCUUUGACGAAAUUGAGGAGCUAGCACAGAGUCAAAAGGCAAGGGAGGUGGAGGCUCGGCUGGACGAGGAGCAUCGGCAGCACCUUUUGGCUCUUGAGCGGGAACGGGAAGCUGAGAUAGAGAUGGAGCAGAGACAUCAUCUAGAGCAACUGAAACAAGAGCAAAAGGCUAAAGAAGAAAAGGUCUGGCCUUGGAAGCGAAAGUCGCGCCAUAUCCAAGACUUUGAACCGCCAAAGGAGACCACUGAAGACCAGACACAACAACGAGUCAAUGGGGCAGCUGUGGCUGCCGCGCCCUCGCAAGGAACGCAGACUGAAGACCAGACCGCCGCUUCCGGUGCAGGGCAGACAGAGCCUGCCUCGAGACGCGAUUCAAAGUUCAAGUCGUGGUUCAAGGGCAGAAUGGGCCACCGUUCCAGUACAAGCCUUCCCAAAGGUGCUGCUGUUGGGACGCAAGAAGGAGAGCAGAAGGAGAGCGAGCCUACUGGGCAAGACGCUCCUCGCUCUCCCAGUACAAGGGGCGAAGAAUAUACAGACGCGCACGAAAUGGACACCGAACCCACCGAACCGACCAAACCAGAAGGCGAAGGCGAAGGCGAAGGCGAACAUGAACGCGAGCAACGCUCAAGACCGGUAUCUGGAGUCGCACACGCCCCCGAGGGAGACUCACGAACAGCACCACUCCGAUCAAACCCCGUGACAGCACGAGAUCUGAGGCAGCGAACAGAGACCGACGUGUCCGGCGACACCUCCAACAAGCUCGACGGCAUGACACCAAGCGAGUACCUCAACACACAACGUGACUCACAGGAAAUUGUCGAAAAAGCCAGUGGCCUCAAGGACCAACGUCGGCACGAAGCAGAGGGCCACGUUCACGAGCUCGCGGCCCCGCCCGCCAUCGGCUACACUGUCGGCAAGCGAACAAGCAACGGCACCGUCCGUGAGUCGCGCUUCUCCGAGGAUCUAUGA